AAUAAUAGAAACAAUAAUAGUUAUCUUUGUGGCUAUUGUACAUGCUGUUCCUCUGCUAAUUCCCCCUCUUUCUGCCACCUUCCUCCAGCCUUCAACCACUGCUGCAAAGACUCGGGGUUCCUCAUGGUGUUAAAGUGUCGAGAGCAGAACGCAGCACUGAAGGAAUGUCUGACGAUACACUACAAGGACCCUGCGUUCUUCGAGCAGUGUAAGCAGGAGUACAUCAAAGAGAAAAUUGAGUUUUUGACGACAGGGGUCGCGGCGAAGAACAGGAAACAAAAACUCCCAACUAGCAUGUAGCUAACAACAUGAUAGCCUCCCACCUUCUGAAGGUGCAGAUUGUGAGACUCUGGUCAGAACCAGCUCCAUGUCCCCCAUGGCCAGGAUACAUGCUCAUCUUUAAAGCGUAGCCUGUGCCUUUUAUUAAAACCUGUGGAGUGACUGAAAUCAGUUUGAUGUGCAAGAAAUAUAUCUAAUUAAUGGCUUCUUUUUUUCCUGUAUAUUUGCAAGAUGUUUUCUGUCAGAUUGCUGGAAUGAUCUCCCUCACUUGAUUAAAUCAGCAGCUUUAACAUUAUAUUUAGCGAUGAGCUCUUUGAUGAAUUGAAUAUGCAGAUCUGAUCAUACAGUCUCCUCCUGUAUCUACUGUUGUGUUGCCUUUGCUCUGCCUUAAAGCUUGGUUAAAAUCUGAAGUGUAAAACAUCCUUUGUCAUCAAAAAGGGUUGGUUUCCAAUUAAAGAAUCUUGUACAGCGUAUGUAAGAAACAUCUCGCAGAGCAUUAUAACAUGUAUGAUCAUUUGAAAUAGGCAAUGAUAAAUGACAUUGUAAAUAAAGAUAUUCAGCUGCACUAAAGUGUGUAUCGAUGGUAAAUGACAAACACAUCUAACAUCCUUUGUUUAUUUGAGUUAUUGUCUGUACAACAUAGACGUUUGGACGUUCUUGACACUAUGGGGGAAAUUAAAUGUCCAAGCAUUUGCUGAUUUAAA